AUGGAUUGUAAUUUUGCCUGGGUUUACUACUCACUCAUCAAUGAGUUAACUCAAGGCAUGGAAUACACUAAGCAGCUCAGAACUUACUUGAGCUCUGUAGCUUUCACUUCUACUUCUGAAUCGACACCGGAAUUGCUUCUGCAGAAGGUUCUUUCUUCUUAUGAGCAAUCUCUGUUAAUUCUUAAAUGGAGUGGCUCAGCACCCCAAUCCUUACAGCCUCUACCACCAACAGGUAGUGCUAUUGAACCCGCGGUUUCUACCGAUCGAAGUCCUACGGUUGAUGACAAGAAAAGAAGUUUCAAAGAUCAAACGGAGCUCAUAUAUAUUUCAAAGAGGAGAAAAUCAUGGCCCACAUGGACUGAACAAGUCAAGGUCAGCGUGGAGAACAGAUUUGAACGCCCUACUGAUGAUGGAUAUUGCUGGAGAAAGUAUGGACAGAAGGAUUUACCAGAAGCAAAACAUCCUAGAGGUUACUACAGAUGUACGUAUCGUUACUGGCAAAAUUGUUGGGCAAUAAAAACAAUGCAAAAGUCAAAUUAUGAUCCUCUUGUAUUUGAGAUCGUAUACAAAGGCCGACAUACUUGUAAACUAGCUACUAAUUCUGCACUACAAGCAGCAUCACCAGAGAAAGAAGCUCCUAGUUCUGCACUACAAGCAGCAUCACCAGAGAAAGAAGCUCCUAGUUCUGCACUACAAGCAGCAUCACCAGAGAAAGAAGCUCCUAAUUCUGCACUACAAGCAGCAUCACCAGAGAAAGAAGCUCCUAAUUCUGCACUACAAGCAGCAUCACCAGGAAAGAUGCUCCUAAUUCUGCAUUACAAGCAGCAUCACCAGAGAAAGAUGCUCCUAAUUCUGCACUACAAGCAGCAUCACCAGAGAAAGAAGUUCCUAAUUCUGCUUGUAUGA